GGGUCAACCGCGCGUUUGUUUUGCGCUGUUUCCAGCGAAAUUUCGGCAACUUCAACAGUUUAGCGGCUACUGAACUGUUUUGCUGAAGCUUCUAUAUCUGUUUAGCCAAACACAACACAGAACCAGAACCUAGAACGAAAACAAACGCGACAUCGCGGCCACAACAACCACGUGACGUGAGAAGGGGGAACUAACCUUGCAACCGAAACAAAAACAAAAAAAAAACAGCCAACUCUGAUUUGGCCCCACGCCGACGCUGCCCAAAACAGGGCCAGUUGGUCAUCAGUCCGCGCUAGACAGCUGGACAGGCACGAACGAUGCAGAAACUGUACGGGAAGCUGGUAACGGUAUGGUCGGCGCUGGUGCUGAUCAUCGUCGCGAUGGCGGUCCUGGCUGAAGAGGUUGACUCGGCGGCCAUGUUUGACCAGAACAGUGCCCACUUUAAGGCCCAGCAAAAGUCGUGCAGUAACCUGUGCGGGUUCUGUCCGUCCUGCAACGGGUUCUACUGCGGGGAAGAGUGCAUCUGCGAGUGCCGUCAGGAAGCAACCGAGCACGUCCAGUGCAUCAACAAGAUCCGCGAGAACAGCGACAAGCUCGGCCUAAUCUACGACGUGCUGAUCCAGCUGCCUAAGAGCACGACCCGGUUCGCCCGGAGUGCCGGCGGCAAGCAUCUGGACCCCAGCGAAGAGGCCACUUUCCGCAAGGUACUGUUUUCAAACUUUGACCCCAAGACCGUGACUGAGACGUCAACCACCACAACCCACGGGCCUCCUUUGACAGGUCAUGGAGCUGGCCCAGCUGCCCGUGUGGCUCACCAAGGUGCCGCUGCAGGCCCGGAUCCACUUUGGCGGGGCGAGUCCCGGGCUCGGCAAGCGGGCACGGAGCCCGUUAGGCCAGCGGCGCCACCGUACGAUGGGCGAGUCGCGAGCAUCGAGGUGGAGCUAGCGUUUGGACGGCGGGAGGUGCGGUCGUAGGAGAGCGGUAGCUUCAAGUUAGUUCUAAUGGGUUUACCAGACUGAGUACUGAA